GGUGCGCGCGUGUGGAUGGUGCCUGAGGAGACCAGAGGGGAGAAGAAAGAGGAGGCGGAGGCGCCGCCGCCGCCCCCUCGACAAACAUCGCCGCCGCUCCUCGCCCUGCGCCGCCUUCCCUCCGUCCCCCUUCCCCAUCCAGGCGCGGCCGGCGCCGCUUCCGUCUCUGUCUCCUCCUCCUCCUGCCACCGCCUCCUCCUCCUCCGAGCCCUCCCCAAGCGCCGGCUGUUGCUGCUACUGCACGGCCGCCACCCAAUCGCCCGACUGGGGGAGCGGCGCGGGGCGGGGCUGGAGCUGCCUGGGCCGCCGCUGCCGCCGCCUGCGGCCGCCGCUGCUGCUGCUGGAGCCGGCGGAGGGAAGCAGCCAUGGAACAAAAGAAGUGCUGAGCCGGGUGGGGGCCGUGGCGGCGGCACCACCACCGCUAGCAGCAGCGCCCAGGCCGCUGCCGCCUCACCUCAAGCCCCGCAAGAGGAGGAAGAGGCGGCGGCGGAGGAGGAAGAAGAAGAGGAGGCCGUUCUCGUCAUCGCUGCCGCAGGAGAGCCAGCAGCAGCAUGUUGCCAAGGGCCGAGUAGCCAGAGCGCAUCGCCUGGGCCGGCGUCGCCGCCCCCUUUUACUUCUUCUUCGCCGCCGCCUCCUCUUCCUCCUGCCGCCGCCGGCCUAGUCGAGCCUCCUUUGCCGGCCAUGCCGAGCGGCAGCGCCUCGCCGUCGCCCCAGGAGGAGCCGCCCCAGCUGGCGGUGCUGCUGCCGCCGCCGCCAAGGCCGCCGCCGGGCCUACUCCUUCAGUAUCACCACCACCACCACUCGACGACGCUGAUGCCUCAUCACCAUCAGACGCUGCCGCCGCCUUCUCCUUCCCUGCCGGACACGCUGCUGCUGAGGGACCGCCUGGCUGGCUUGGGCCUCCGGGAGCGCGGGGGUGAGGCGGCGCCCACCUCACGGGACCUCCAGGAGGAGGAGGAGGAGGAAGACGACGAGGAGGCGGAGGCGCCCGAGGGGGACGGAGGCGGCGGCGACCUGGAGCUGGACUUGGAGGAGCCGCCUGAGGAGGACGGCGACGGCGGAGGCGGCGAGGAGGAGUUGUUGUUGUUGGAGCCCGCAGGAGGAGGAGGCGGCGGCGGCCCGGCUUCGCUACUGCUGCUGUCGUCGCCGGGCUCGCCCCCGCUGCUGCCCCCCGGGCUGGGCUCGGUGUUGCUGCCGCCGCCGCCUCUCUCCGCCGGCUCGGCCUUCGAGGCUCAGGAGGCGGCGGGCCUGGGCGGGGCGCUGUACGGGCCCGGCGACGAUGUCCACCACAGCGUGAUGGCGGCGAUGCUUUCCCAAGGCUACGGGCCGCCCGGCGGAGGCGGAGAAGGCGUGGUGGCGGCCGGGAUCCCCCCCGGGCCGGCCUUGAGCGGGGAGCAGGCGGCGCUGCUGAGGAGGAAGAGCGUCAACACCACCGAGUGUGUCCCGGUGCCCAGCUCCGAGCAUGUGGCCGAGAUUGUGGGCCGGCAGGGUUGCAAAAUAAAGGCACUGAGAGCCAAGACUAAUACAUACAUCAAGACCCCUGUCCGUGGAGAAGAACCCAUUUUUGUGGUCACCGGGCGCAAAGAAGAUGUAGCCAUGGCCAAAAGGGAAAUUCUUUCUGCUGCUGAACACUUCUCCAUGAUAAGAGCUUCACGCAACAAAAAUGGCCCAGCUCUGGGAGGGCUGUCUUGUAACCCCAACCUACCAGGCCAAACUACAGUCCAAGUCAGGGUGCCUUACCGUGUUGUUGGGCUGGUGGUUGGCCCCAAAGGCGCUACAAUCAAACGAAUUCAGCAGCAGACUCAUACCUACAUAGUUACUCCCAGUAGAGACAAGGAGCCAGUCUUUGAGGUUACCGGUAUGCCUGAAAACGUAGAUCGUGCUCGCGAAGAGAUAGAAAUGCACAUCGCCAUGCGCACUGGAAACUACAUUGAACUGAAUGAAGAGAAUGAUUUUCAUUAUAACGGUACGGACGUGAGCUUUGAAGGAGGGAACCUGGGAUCUGCCUGGCUUACUUCCAACCCAGUACCUCCUCCAAGCCGCACUAGGAUGAUUUCUAAUUACAGAAAUGACAGCUCCAGUUCUUUAGGAAGCGGCUCCACUGAUUCCUACUUUGGAAGCAAUAGGUUGGCUGACUUCAGCCCAACAAGUCCAUUCAAUACAGGCAACUUUUGGUUUGGAGAAACAUUGCCUUCUGUAGGUGCAGAGGAUCUUGCAGUUGACUCUUCUGCAUAUGACUCCUUGCCGACGCCUUCUCAAACCAUCUGGACACCCUUUGAACCCGUUAAUCCACUCUCCAGUUUUGGUAGCGAACCUGCUAGUAACGUGAAGGCUCCGCAGAGAGAGAGUCAGCCAUCCACUCCUCGUCUAUCGCCUACAUUUCCUGAAACCUUGGAACAUCCACUGGCAAGGAGAGUCAGAAGUGAUCCACCCGGUACAGUCAACCAGGUUGGCCUUCCAAUCUAUAUCCCUGCUUUUUCAAAUGGUACCAAUAGCUACUCUUCUUCCAAUGGUGGUUCCACGUCUAGUUCCCCUCCAGAGUUGAGACGGAAGCACGACUGCGUGAUAUGCUUUGAGAAUGAAGUAAUCGCUGCCCUGGUUCCGUGUGGCCACAACCUGUUCUGCAUGGAAUGUGCCAAUAAGAUCUGUGAAAAAGAAGCACCAAUGUGUCCAGUUUGCCAGACAGCUGUUACUCAGGCGAUUCAGAUUCACUCUUAAAUAUAUAGAGAUAUUAUAUAUGGACUUUUUAAACUCUUAAUGGCUUGGAUGUAAUGGUACCCCCUAAGUAAACUUAUAAUGAACUCA